AAACACGCUCAAGAAAUAAACUGGUAGAUUCAGGGAAGAAAGGGUGUUUACCUGUAGUUGCAAUGUCUUAUCCUCCAAACAAUCAAAGAUACAACAAUUCGUGGAAAAAUACAGCAAAGACAGAUAGAUAGCAAAACGACUCACGCGUUCUGACAAGGGCUUUCGCUUUCAGUUAUGUCAUUUUGUCAAACACAAUUUUGGGCCAGCUAGCAGGGAGACCACAAUAUGGUGUUGUAUAAUCUGUUCCAAUUUGUGGUCUCAGUAAGCUGUCUUAGUUUCCACACGGAGAACACUCCCUUCAUCAACUAAAUAACUCUGACUUUUCUUCCACGCGGAGUCAUUACCAUAAUGUAGUGUCAACUCUAUAACCACUGAAUAGGCCUUUGAUCUCCGUACAACAAUGUGCAAAUCACAUGAACAGAAACUGCAGAUACGAAAUAGUGUUAGUAGCUCCAGAAAUUCAGACCAUGGCAGCCUCCCCAAUCUCUAGCGGUGAGUCGUUCAUGUUCCCCACCAGUGCCGUGGAGUCAUCGACAUCUGCCUCUGGCUCCAGCAAUGUCGGCUCUGAAGAAAUUGAUCCCAACACCUGCAAAAACAUCACCGAAAUGAUCAUCAACAUCAGAGGAGGUCACCACAUGGCUGCAGCGUCACAGUGGCACAUGGCGCAGAGAGAGAUUGAUGCGAUGGUGAAGGAGAUCCACAGCAAGGCAGGAAGGCAGCAUGCACUCGUAUGGUCAUACAAGCUUCGACUUCUCGCCUUUGCAGAUGAGAUCACCAAGCUACAAUUGUCCCCUGACAAGCUCUUCGUGGUGCUGAGGCUGCUCAAGGUACUCAACCCAGACUUCUUCCUUGUAUCGCAAUGUCGUCCAGAAGAGUUCAGCGUGGCAAAGUAUGAUGACACGCUGCAGAAGCUAAGGAUGGCCGUGUACCACAUGCUUCGUGAGCUUAAAAUUUUGAUCCAAACCCGUGCUUCUAGGCGUGUACCACCAGGUGGGGGAAUCCAUGAAGUGACUCGCUAUGUCAUGAAUUACAUCAGGUUGUUGUUGCAUCAUAAGACCACACUUGGUCUCAUCCUCGGAAACGAUGAUCGCAACAAGGACAAUGAGCGGAUGGACUCCCUGGAUCAUAUUGUGCAAGAUCUGAUUAUCUGCUUGGAAUCCAUGCUCAACAAGGCACCUGAGGCCUAUGAAUCUCAAGGUUUACAAUGCUUCUUUCUUAUGAACAACCUGCAUUUUGUUGUCAAGCAAGUGGAGGGUUCAGAGCUGAUCUCACUCCUAGGGCAGUCAUGGGUUCAAGUGCACAGAGAAUUCAUCGAGCAGUAUUUGAAGACUUAUGUGGACUUGUCAUGGGGGCCUGCAAUAUCAUGCCUCAGUGCCAGGACAGGCAUGCUUGGUGGCUGCUUCAGUCAGCCUUCCAGUACCGUAAGGUUUAGCCUCCAGUUCGAUUCAACUUAUUAUAACCAAGAGUGCUGGAAGGUGGAAGAUCCUCAGCUUCGGGAGAAAGUGCGGCGAGCUGUCUGUGACAAGGUAAUCUUGGCUUACCAAGCACACCUUGACAAGUAUAUGAAGGCUAAGAGAAAGCAUGAGUGGUAUACCCCUGAGCUGCUGAAGGCACAAUUGAUGAAGCUAUUUGAAGGAAGAACAGAAUAGCAUCAGUUACAUGGUACGCCAAUUGUAUGUUUCCAGGUCCUGUGGGAUGUUUGGGUCUUGGGGACACUGUUGUUCUCCGCCUAUUUUCCUUUUUUCUCUAAGAUUUAUUUUGCAUGUAAUCAACGAUGCAGUAUAUAACAGUUCUAGAUGAAAGAUAAUAAUUUCAUUCUACUUGUGAACAUUAUCAGAUAAAACCUGAGAAAUAGAACCUGAAAGAUAAACAAAUA